GUGUUUGAAGCGGCAUCCGGCUACCGGAAGAACCUCGGAGCGGGCGUAAUGAUCGAUGUGAACGGCUGGCGGGCACUGCACGCAGUGGACAAUGCCCUUGCAGAGCGCUUCCCUGUUCCCGGCACCCUUGGCCCUACCCCCGCAUGCGCGGCCCACGUCAGGUUGCGAGCGAAGGGCAUCCUCAUGCGGCCCUCGCGCUACAUGAACGAGCUGGGUGAGCUGAUGGCCUUCCAAGAGCCUCCGGUCGACCACGAGAGGAACCUCCGGAACGAUUCUGGUGUGCGACUGCUGGCGCACGGCCAUACCCCGAUGGUGCUUCACUGGGGUGACAUUCGGCAGGCGCUGUUCGAGGCCCUGCCCCCUGGCGUGGUUUCAUUCAGCAGUCGUGUAGUGGGCCUUACGCCAGGUCUGCCAGGUGGCGAGCCUGCCGUACUGGAGCUGCAGGCACCCGAGCCCCAGCUUGAGCCGCAACCCGAUCAGGAGCCGGAGCAGGUUCAGGAGGCGCAGGAGCAGCUGCCAGCAAGCGGCGGUAGCGGAGGAUUGCUUCGCCGCCGCCUGGUGACCGCGGACCUGGUCAUUGCUGCGGAUGGCUACUACAGCCGCUGCAAGAGGAUGGCAUUCGGCGCCUCGGGGGCCCCACUGCUGCCCACCUUCCGCGACAAGGUGGUCUGGCGGGCCGUGGUGUCCUACUCCGGCCUCGACCAGAUGCCGGCCCUGCUGCGGGAUGCAUGCGGCCGGGGCGAGGCCAUGUGGUGGCUGGCGGAGGGAGUGCCCCCCAGGCGUACCCUCCUGGUGUACCCUGUCAACGACAACCGCUUUGUGUGGACGUGUGUUGCCCCCGUAGCGGAUAUCGAGGGGGCGGGUAUGCCCCCCUGGAGCCCGUACAAGAGCGCCGUACAGGAUCUGGGCAUCCAGCUGGCAGGCAAUGUGGGCGACGACCCCAAGCACCGCUGCACGGCCGUGUUCCGCCACCACCCACGGGAGGUGCUGGACCUGCUGGAGCGAACCGACCCGGUGCUCAUCACGGAACACGGCUACUACACCCACGACAUGGCGGCAAUACAGGGGGCCCCUGACUGGGUCCGUGGGAACGUGCUGGUGGUGGGUGAUGCCGCGCACACGGGGCCCCCGGACGGUAUGGGCCUCAACAUGGCGUGGGAGGACGCGGUGGUGCUGGCGGCGGAGAUUGGGCGUCGUGGCGGCCGGUGCGGCCGCGAGGCCCUGGAGGCUUACUGCGCCGCCCGGCUGCCCCGAGUGAGAGACAUGUGGUCCGAGGAUGACUUGGUCAAGCCGCGCCGUCGAGCCGCGAAGCUGGCGGCGGCCUUUGAGCCGUUGGUCCGAGACAGCAGCGGCCGGGACCGUACGGCGCCGCCGCAGGAGCAAGCGCAGGAGGUGCAGCCGACACCACAAGUACCGCCGCCAUGGUCGCUGCUCCCGCCACCGCCACCGCCGCCGCUGUCGCAACAAAAGCAGCAGUGUUAG